GACCUAAACUUCACCAUGAAUCGAUACGAAUCGACAGGCUACCAUUUAUCCAGGUGUGCUGGUGUGGAUUUCAAACGGCAGGUUCGGUGGUGUUAUUUAACGGCUCAGCGGAGGUCAGGCGGAAGGAUAUCUGUGAUCAUUGUAAAUAUCGGCAGCGGCGGAGCGAAGCGGCAGAGUGGCGCGUUUCCCUGGAUACUGGUGUCGUCCGUCGUCCUGUUCAGGAGCAGUAUGCUGCUCUCCAAACUGGGCUCCCUCUCUCACAGCAUGGAUCUACCGGCGAAGCUUCAGCCGCAGCAAGCCAAAGUGGAGAAGCAGCAGUUUGAGAAACUGUACCGACUGGGCUCGGUGCUCGGUAACGGAGGAUUUGGCACCGUCUACUCGGCUGUCCGCUUGGCCGACGGGCUGCCGGUGGCAGUGAAGCACGUGUGCAGGGACAGAGUGACUGAGUGGGGAACUCUGUGUGGCGCGGUGGUUCCUCUGGAGAUCGUGCUGCUGAAGAAGGUGGGCGGGGCGUUCGGCGGCGUGGUGCGUCUGUUGGACUGGUGGGAGCGAGCGGACGGCUGGCUGAUGGUGAUGGAGCGUCCUGAACCGGCUCAGGACCUGUUCGACUACAUCACGGAGCGCGGCGCCCUGGAUGAGGCGGCGGCGCGCGGCUUCUUCCUGCAGGUGCUGGAGGCGGUGCGUCACUGCUACGCCUGCAGCGUCGUCCACAGAGACAUCAAGGACGAGAACCUGCUGGUGGACCUGAGGACCGGCCAGAUCAAGCUGAUCGACUUUGGCUCGGGGGCCGUUCUCAAAGACUCCGCCUACACCGACUUUGACGGUACGCGGGUCUACAGUCCUCCGGAGUGGAUCCGGUUCCGUCGGUACCACGGCCGCUCGGCCACCGUCUGGUCACUUGGCGUGCUCCUGUACGACAUGGUGUGCGGCGACAUCCCCUUCGAACAGGACGAGGAGAUCCAGGGGCGGAUCUACUUCAGACGCAACAUCUCCACAGAGUGCCAGCAGCUGAUUGGCUGGUGUCUGAGUCAGCAGCCGUCUGACCGACCAACCCUGGAGCAGAUCCUCCUGCACCCCUGGGUGACCGUCACCACCGUCCAGCAGAAAGACGACGGCAGCAUCACGCUCCACGCCAUCCCAGCUGACUCCUCCUCCUCCAGCCAGCAGAGCUCCUGAUUGGUCAACAGGAUGUCUUGGACUUGACUGACAGCUGUGCUGUGGUGGUAAUGUUGAUGGUUCAGGAUGCAGCUGACUCCUGUGGCUCCACAGCGCCUCCUCCUGUUCAGACUGUGGCGCUGCACCUGUUCUGUUUCUGUCUCAGUGCCUUGAGUUUAAAGCUGCUGUGGGUCAGAGGUGGAGGGUCCAGAGAAUCCUCACGGUUAAACUUACCUCACCUGACACACACACACACACACACACACACACACACACACACACAGACGAUGACUCCUCUUCUGGAAUUCAGGGUAAAAUGAACAAAAUGAUGGUUUAAAUCUUUAUUUCAUCAGUCGAUGGUUUCCUCAGUUUCCUCCGUCGAGCAGUUUGAAAUGUAGUGAAUGAUGGUUUCAGUGAUUCAUGUUUUAUAUUUAGUUUGUUGUCAACGUGUUCUGAGGUUUCAGUCGACUGUAGAAACAUGAAUGUUGGAGGACGGGAAGUUUUCAGACCCUGUAGUAAAAACUGUAGCUGCUUCCUCUCCAGUUCAGCUCACGAUCAGUUUACAGGUAAAUUCACCUGUAAUCUCAGCUCAGCCGUCGUCUCUAACUCUGUCUGUUGAUUUUUAUCAGACAUGGUCAAGUUUAUAAAGUCAGCUGAUCGUCCUCCAUCUUCUCUCCCUCAGUGUCGGAGGUUAAAAUGCACAGUCAAUGCAAAUACUCAGUUUUGUAUUUUGAAUAUUUGUCUUUAUUUUUUAUGCAGAUUUUGUAACUGAGUUUGUUUUUAUUUAUUUCCAGAGACAUUCCUCGUUCUGUGGUUAUUUAUUAUCUUUCAGAUUUCAUUUGUUAAAGUUUUGAUGUUUUGAAUCGAGAGUUCUGACAGGAAAAGUAUUUUUAAUAUUUUUCAUAUUAAACUUUUUGUAUAUAAUCUGACUCUUAUUAUU